AGGUGAGUUAGGAAGAUGGAUAGAGGUGAGCCAUGAGUAUCAUGUUAUGACAACCUGUCUGGCUCAUCCUUCUCACAGGACACAGUGGCCAAGGUCGAUUAGCCUGACGAUGGUCACACUUCGCUGGAGUUGCUUUCAUCGCUGCCCUUGUCCAUCAUCCAUCUUUGCAGCCAUGAAUCGACAGGCUGCCCAGCUGUCUUACCACUAUAAGUCGUUCUGUGGGGACUAUGAAAGGGUCGAGACUGCUCUUGAAAGAUUGGAAGCUAGCGGCUACUACUGGAGUACCUUGUCCGGCACAGAAGCUAAAAAGCUUCUAUCUGACCAGCCUGUCGGUUCCUUCCUUAUUCGUGACUCUUCAGAUCAUCACCAUCUUUUUACCCUCAGCCUUCGCACAUCUGCCGGUAUCACAAACCUACGCAUUAAGCUUGAGGGUCCUUCCUUCUAUCUUGAGACAGUGGCCGGGGCAGAGAGUCCUCACACAUUUCCUUGUGUGGUCAAAUUGGUGGAGCAUUAUAUGCGUCUUACAGCUGCAGGAGAAUCUGACUCCAACCUGUGCUACAUUGAAGGGAACGACCAACCUGUUCCUCUCAUGCUUACGCAGCCGCUGAAUUGCAAAGUGGUUUCCCUUCAGUAUUUAUGUAAACGGACAGUGGUAGCGAACAUGCCAGCUGAAGCUUCUUCUUCAGGAGAGAACAUGGAGGAGCUACCGGUGUCUAAAAUGCUUAGAAAUGCCUUUAGAAACUAGAUAGACCCAUGCAUUUUUUUUAAAAGAUGGAGCAUUAAGGAACUUCUAGAUCAGAAGAUACUGAUCCAUUUGUUAUCCAAUCACAAUUUAAAAUGAAAUGAAGUAGUUUUUUUUCUUCUGAACAGGGGAUACUCAGAGGAGGACAAAAACCUGUAUAAUUUCCUGCCUGAACCUCAGAAUACUGAACAGACAGCCAAAAUAGCUUUACAA